UUAAUGCUCUAGUGAAACGUCACCGGUUGCCAAUUUUGACAAUUCAAGUUAAAUUAUUAAGUGUCUCAGUUCUGCAAAUUAAUUUCGAAAUGUCAUGUCUACAUAAUUAACGUAAAAUCCCAGAAAUACCGCACCUUCAAGCCUAUGAAUCGGGUGCUCCGCCUCGAUGUCCUUGAUUGACGUACAGUGACGUGAGUAAUGUCCACCAUGGUGAACCUACGUCAAGACAGUCCAGAGCUAGCGAAUUGGACUCAGGAGGCGAAAAAGGACAUCAGAAAGAUCGCGUCGAUGGAUUUGAUUAAGCGACUUCAUCCUAUGCUCUCCCAAGGCCUCAACGCUCACAAGGACAAGAAAAUCAGAGAGGCUUAUGUUUUGCUGACUAGAUACCUUUACAUUGUCGAUCAACUCCAGAAGAGGAAAUUGGACAUACAGCAGAAGAAAGAACUAAAUGCAACAGCACAGAUUAAUCAAGCAAGGGAACUACAAGAGGCCAUAAUUAGAACAGUAAAUGCAAGCAUUCCAUCAUCGAAUAGCAUUCCCACAAACUCCCUGUCGAAUUCCACCAACACCAGAAAUUUAAACAAGAAUGACUCAGCCGACAAACACGACGACGAUCCCCUGAACUUGCCAGAGAUUCCCGACGAUGAUCCUGUAUCUGAAAAAGUAGUCGACGAUUUCAUUUCAUGCACCGAACUAUUCCCGAUAAUUCAGACCGGAAAACGCUACCUGAUCAUAGACACAAGAUCUGUUGAUGAUUAUCAACGAUCCAGAAUCAAGUCUGACAAGUGCAUCAACAUCCCCAACUCUGAGAUAGCCUUCGGUAAAACUGCAAAGAAGUUCGAAAUUUACCUGCAGUCCACCAGCCCAAAUCAACUAAAACUGUACAGCGAACGAAGUCAGAAGUACAUCGAUAUGAUAAUUCUGAUGGACUGGGAUACGACUCGAUUGACCUUGAAAUCCACCAGCCAUGUUUCUAUAAUGAAGGAGAUACUCACUAAAUGGGACCCCUGUGUGACCCUCAGCAAGCACCUAAUCCUCCACGGUGGCUUCUCCGAGUGGUUGACCGUCUACCCAACCCUCACCACCAAUCCUCGAGUGCUGAAGCCCACUUCCAUGGAUGACAGCCUCGACGAAAUUCUAAAUGAUGUUAAAUAUCCAGACUGGGUGACCCAGGAGGGCUCGAAAUCCAUCAUAAAUUAUACAUCGAAGAAUAAUAAUAAUGACGUAUCAAAACGAGGACUGGAUAUUCCUGGGCUGCAUGCCAAAGUAAACGACUCUGUGCUCAAUAAACGACAAUCCCAUUUGAAAAAAUCCACAACGAACUACUCAUCGUACGAGGACGAGGAUGUCGACAUGGAACGCCUCUCAGGAGAAAUUGACAAACUCAGCAUGGAGAAGGAGAAAAUAUCGAGACCUGUCAUCGAUAGAAGCAGUAAACCAACAACACUGACUCCCAAUCCCCUUCUCGAACAGAUGAAUUCACUGCUCACUAAGAUUAUUAGUGAUCUCAAGGAUCAGGAAAAACUGGAGCGACAAUCAUUACAAUUGGAGUCCAAUAUUUUAGCCAUGCUCACGAAGAACAACAAUGAUAACUCUGAUGAUGUUGAUGACUUGGAAUCGAUGUAUGAACAAAAAAAUACUGUACAGCAAACGAUUUAUGCAACUGUCAAGAGUAAGGAGGGAAAGGAGGCUGAGUUAGCCAGGAUUAGCGAAAAUUUGACGUGGAAUGGUGAAAAUAAACAGCACAUGUUGUUGGACAGUACUUUGGGAAAUACGAAGAUACGCCUGCAGGGACUUGUGAGACAGAGGAGAGAUGUGCAACAGAAAAUUGACGAGGCCGAAAAGAGAAGACGAGAAGAGGCGAAUCGUAAAGGUUCCCCGAGACACGAUGAUACUCUGACGGUAUACAAAGAACCUCUGAAGACCGAGGGACCUACAAGCAAUUCAGGGUUGAAACGAUCCCUGUCUAGUCCCAAUCUAGCCAAGAUGGAAGAUAGAAAGGUGCCCAUGAUUGACAGAUCCUCAAAGCCCCAUCCUGUACGUAGAAACCUGAGAGAAGCAAAUAACAACAUAUCCGGAACCUCCUGGAAGGACUCCUUCAAACGAAUGGAUCCCGUCUACCGCGAUGGCCCUCCUGGAAUCACUGGACUCAAAAAUUUGGGAAACUCGUGCUACAUGAACAGCAUUAUUCAGUGCCUGAGUAACACAGCUUACUUAGCCAAAUAUUUUAUUGAUAAUGGAUACCAAGAUGACUUGAAUACAAAGAGUGAUAAUGAAACUCGUGGGCAAAUUGCCGAGGAGUUCGCGCAAGUGAUUAAAGCGCUGUGGAGAGGACAGUACAAGAGCAUUGCCCCCAGAGACCUGAAGGACACGAUUGGACAAUUUAGGUUUCAAUUCGACAGCUGUGAACAGCAGGAUUCACAUGAAUUUCUCACGUUCCUCCUCGAGUGGAUGCAUAAUGACCUGAGAAAAGAUGGGAAGAUGAGGAUUGAUGGGCCCCUGAGUGCUGCUGAGAAGGAGUGGGAGAAGGCACUUAAAGGACAAUACUCCAUCAUUUCUAGGCUCUUUAUGGGACAAUUGAGAUCAACAAUUUGUUGCAUAACUUGUUCUGGGAAGAGCAUCACUUAUGAAACUUUCACUAGUCUGUCGAUAUCCUUGCCAGAGGCUAAUCGCUGCAGUUUGGAUGAAUGUAUAAAGCACUUCUUGAGUGGACAAAAAAUCACAGGAUGGAACUGCCCCCACUGUAAAACAGCUCGUGAAGCAACAAAAAAAUUUGAUUUCGUUAAAUUAGCUCCAAUAAUGGUGAUUCAUUUGAAUCGAUUUGCUGGUACAGAGGUUGGAUUGGAGAAGAAAAAUACUUCUGUUGUUUUUCCCCUAAUUGAUCUCAAUCUGAAGCAGUACCUCGUCAUAGAUCCCGACUCUAACACGUUAAAUCAUCCCCACAGCUACAGUUAUAAUCUCUAUGGGCUUUCAAAUCAUUAUGGCACCAUGGGCGGGGGGCACUACACUGCCUUCUGCAAAAGUUCAUCACUCAACAAAUGGUACAAGUACGAUGAUCACUCUGUCUCGGAAAUCAGCGAGCAGAAUGUCAGAUCCCAGAAUUCUUAUGCCUAUCUGCUCUUCUACACAUCACUCCCUUACGAAUCUUACACAUACAUAGAUGAGAGCUCGUAAUUUUUUUUUCAAAAGAUUUUUAAUCUGUCUGUCGAUGUCUCGAUAACGAUUGAUCAACGAUAUGAGUCAUUGCUUUGUGAGGCACUCAAAUAUGAGAUUGUACUUGUGUGUGUACACUGUAAAUAUGUAAAUAUUCAUUUUAAGGUAUCUAUUGAAAAUUAUAGUCAGUUGUUAAACGAAAAUCAUAAUUACUGAGAAAAAUUGCCUUUCGAGAAUUAUGCAAUUUAAUAAAAUGCUUUAUAUUAAUAAAUUGACGAGUAAUAUAUCACGAA